AUGAAAUUCGUCUACCAUCUCGUACUGCUCUUGUGUACGGUGACCAAUGCCUUGACCGCAGUUGAUCCUCAACCGCAUGACGGUGCAAUCAUAGUAACAUCACCCACCGAAGGUCCAUGGCAAAUGGGAUCAUACCAAGCGGUCACUUGGAGCGACAACGUUCCAGAAGCUAUUGGAAAAAACGUGUGGGUUACAAUAUACGAAGUUAAUAACGAUUCCACCGAUGCGAUUAUUCAGGAACUUGAUAUAAAAUCUUACGGAAAUGGAUGGGAUGGAUUCCAGAUUACUGAUGAGUAUAGCAAAGACGGUGUAUAUUAUGCAUUGGUUUCCGUUGUUGAUGAUCCAACUAUCUUUGGUACUUCGGAUUUUUUCACCGUUUUUUAA